AUGUCAACAGAUAUUAUUAAACCACGCUUAGUAACAGAUAUUUUGAUAAAAAUUUUUAAAAUUCUUGGUGUUCACGAUUUGCUUUCAGCACUUUUAGUUAAUCGAGAAUGGUGCCAAGUUGCUGUUCCAAUAUAUUGGAGAGCUCCAUUCAGUUAUAAGAAAAAACGAAGCAUGCUCGCAUUAAAAAUUUAUCGUUUAUUUCUUGAACAACAAGAAAACGAUACGAUUCAUUCGUCUCAAACUACAAUUAAAACCCUUCCAACGCUUUACGAUUAUCCAUUUUUCCUUAAAGAACUCAACUUUACAAACCUAUUAGAACUUGAUAAAGAUAUUACAAACGUUGAUGCAAUACUUAAAAUGCUAACAAGUCGUGAAAUCCGUCUAACUACUUUUAUUAUGGAUAAUACCGGCACAAACAAUGAUAAACUUUACGGUUUAUGGACAAAAUCAUGCUAUGCUCCAAUCAUAAGUUCUCUUGUUCAUGUCGAAAUAUAUACUCCUUUUCCAAAAAAUUGUGUCAUAAAGGCGUUAGCUGAUAAUUGUUCCAACCUGUCUCAUCUCGAUAUUAAUCUUUACGAUAACCAUACUGUCCGCGUUGUAGAAUUGAUCAAUGAUCUUAACCGAUUUUUCUCUAAUCAGAAACUCCUUUUAAAUCUUCGAUUAGUAUUUCCCAAGGGCCCUGGAAAUUUGCUAAUUAAAGUAUUGAAAUCUCGACUUGAAUCCUUUAAACAUCUUGAACUCGCAAAGUGGAACUUUGCUGAUUGCGAUUGGAAAUGGUUGAAAAAAUGUCCAAACUUGACUGAAUUUGCAGUAACAGACCCUCAAACUCAAAUUUCAGACAUUUUAGGAAUUGAAUGCGAACUUCAUCGCUUCAAAGUAUCAAAAAAUUCCAAAAUUACAACUAUUCAUUGGUUUUUGGACAAUAAGAACAAAAAAGACAAUAAGGACAAUAAAAUUUCUUCCGAAUCAACCUUUUAUUUCCAUCCUAAAAAACCUCCUGCAGAACCAUAUCAUGAUGAAACCUUAGAAGAAUCUUUACAAUCUUUAAUAAUUUAA